AUGCGCGUAAGAGAAGUGAAGCCGUCACAGCCACCGACUGCAUGGUCGAGUUCAAGGGCAAGCGGCAUCUCAACGCUGAGCUUGGCGCCCAGUGUGCGAUCGCACGCAUCUGACUCGUCGUCUGGCCGUUCCGUCUCGAGCUAUGGUGGGCGUAGAUCAGAGCGCACACCCUCACUCGACCACAUCAGGGAACUCGAUGCUGAAAGUUUUAGGGAUGAGACCGGUAUGGCUACCCCUUCGAGUGUCUCUAGCUCGAGCGUGGCAAUGCCCCUGACUCCCGUUGGCGAUGAAGACGCAGGAUCAUGGUCAUAUAGCACAGGUCCCGCUCUCUCUGCUACACCCUCCGUUGCACGCCGGAUACCGUCGCGCUUUAACCUGAAAACUCCGUCAUCGAAGACGGCCUCGGCCUCCGAGUCGCUACCCUUUCCCCGAGAGAGGACACAGUCGGCAUCUUCGAAUGGUUCAGCGAAUGCAUCGGUCGGUCAUAUACCACCACCCUCAGCACCCCGACAAGCCUCGAUACCCCGGCCUCUACGUUUGCCGCAAGCCACCGGUCUCCGACCGACGGGAUCUCAGAGUAACAUGCGCCAGCCGUCGACGCGAACUCCUUCGGCUACCUCCACCCUCUCCACGCCGCAGCCUGACCGGGGUCGAUCAGUCUCUACGGCCGCCGCGAAGACCUCUCUGCCGUCGUAUUCGGCUUCCCCGUUGCGCCUUGCGCGGCCACCAGCUUUGAGCGACCCCCCUUCUCCUUCGCCGGUCUCGCCUUCAGAUCGCAAGCCUCGCAUCGGCGCCGGUAUGGUUUACCGCACGGGCUCCGCCUCGUCGCGACCCAGUAUGAUGAGGGCGCCCAAUCCGGCGACCUUGCGGCCGGUGGCUGCAAAAGUCUGA